UUGGCUGGAGGCUAACAGAGGAGACUGGRCGGCCAUUUUGGAUUCCCAGACCGAUGCAGUUAAGGGACCAGGGGAUAACGUCACUCAGCAGGCCAGGACCAGAGGCGACAUAGUAGAGGUCUGUGGAUGGGACAGCAUCCUCAACUCUGGGCCUGGGAUCAACACUGUUAACCACAACCARAAACAGACAGCCAAACACAAAACCACAUCUGAAUUUAGUCUCCAUGACAACAGACUGGCUGAGACUACAGCGAGGCGUAGAUUUGGUCUGCGGGUACGGGGAGGUGUCCGUAUGCGGCUGGAGAGAACAGACACCGACUCGGCUAGCRAUGCUCCGUCCUGCUCCUAUAGUUGUGAUUCAGAGAGACUGAUGGUGCCUCAGGUUAACACCCUAACAGGUGCUGCCUUAAGCCUGCCUUCUAUAGGAUCUAUCAACUGGAACAUGGACCCUGUGACAACACAGACACUCUCUGGCCUUCAUCCUCCUCACACUCUCCUAAUGUUAAACCAGACCUCAGACAAUGCUUCAACACUAAAUGGCUACAYAAGCCCAUUGACAAAUGACAGUAGUAGAGACGGAAUCAGGAAAGAGAAGCGCUUCCCGUGUUCAUUCUGUGGGAAAGCUUUCAGUUUCCCCAAACAGGUGGAGAUCCACCAGAGGAUACACACRGGGGAGAAACCAUUCGGCUGCCACCUGUGCCGGGCCCGUUUCUCCCGAUCGACCCACCUGAAGAGGCACCAGAGGGUYCACACAGGGGAGAAACCCUACAGCUGUCCACAGUGUGAGAAGAGGUUCUCCCACCAGCACAAUAUGAAAGUKCACCUGAAGGUCCACACAGGAGAGAGGCCGUUCGCCUGUACGCACUGYGGGAAGAGGUUCUCAGAGAGGAGAUACAUCAGGAUACACCAGCAGAAAAUGCACACGACCCAUGUAUAGGGUAUAGUGACAUGUAAUGUAGUACAAGCAUUUUGCUACACCCGCAAUAACAUCUGCUAAACKUGUAAGUGGCCAAUAUAAUUUGAUUUGAUGAUUUAGUACUAGAUAGUUUGUAGUUCAUUCUGUUAGCUUGGGAUGUAGAGGGAUACUGAUAGGUGACCUGAGGAGGAAUGAGUAUGAUGAGGAGAGUAGAUGAUAUGGUUGGUGUGAUGGUGUCUGUAAAAAUGCUUCACUGAUUGUAA